AUGGACCCCCAGGCUGCGAACCUCAGUCUUGGAGACUGCGAGGCGCUCCUGAGGCGCUUCCAGGAGAGCGAGAGCGUCCGGUUCGAGGACUUCGCCUCGCUGUGGAGGGAACAGCGCUUCCACACCAUCUUCUAUGGUAAGAUCAGGACUCCGGAGCAAAUCAAGUUCACCAAAGAGGCGUUAGCUCUUCUGUGGCCAUACUUCUUACCUCCAUACACGUUCCAGAUCCGAGUCGGUGCCCUUUAUCUUCUCUAUGGGUUUUACAAUACACAGCUGUGUCAGCCAAAGCAAAAGAUAAGGGUUGCCCUCAAGGAUUGGUUUGAAGUCUGCAAAUUCCAGCAGGAGCUUUUAAAUGCACAGCAUUAUGAUGCAGCGUACAUCUUCAGGAAGCUUCGGAUCGACAAAGCCUUCUACUUCACGGCAAUGCCGAAAUUUCUUUCAUUCAGGACAAAAAAGAAAAUGAAUAACAGCGUGGAGAUGACAGGUGAAUUCAGGGACCCAACCGAUCGAGUGUCCAUGCUGAGCCCAGCUGAAUUCUUAGAGGAGACAAGGAAUGUUCACGAGCAUUAUCAAAAGAUGAAGUGUCUGAUUUCCACGAAUCAGUCGGAGCCAGACAGGGCUAUCGAUAUGAUAAAAGACGACUUCCUAGCCAGUUUCAAGAACAUUGUUUUGGAAUAUCGUCAGUGGCAAAAGAACAAAAUGUAUCCCUCUUUGGCGGCUAUGCAUGAAGAAGUGAGAAAUGAAGAGGAAGGUUCUUCGCAAGACUCUGAGGGAGCUGGAAGAGCCAGAGUGUUAGCUGACAUCAAAUCUAGAUCUUAUUCUACAGUUGCUCAAACUUCUAAAUCAAGACGGCAUCGCCAAAUUAAGCUGGAGUCUUCUGAGUCAGGAUCGGAUCAUGGGAAAACUACAUCACCUAGAGCUAAGAAAGCUAGAAAAACGCCACAACCAAUGCAGAGGGCAGAGACUGUGCAAAAGAGAGGUCUGUUGCAAUCCAUAAGGGAGCAAAGUGCCAAGAACCUGAGUAUGCCUGUGAUCGUAGAGGGUGAGAGUGAAGAAGAAGACCAUUCAAGUGAUGAGGAUUAUGUACCGACUAAGAAAAAGAAGAGGACCCGUUAAGAAUGCAUUCAGAAUUAAAAGGCUGUGUAAACAUUGGCUUAGUGUGGGUCAGAUGCGUCUGCAGCUACAGAAAACAACAAGCCAAGUAGCUCAAAUCCACGUUAUAAACUGCUUUAUAUCUGUGUUCGAGUUAAAAAGCUAGAAAGACAAGAGGGGCCGGAAUUAGAGUACUUACCUUGGAAGAAGUACAUUGUAUUGUUGAUGACCUGCAGAGGGAAUUUAGCCAUUCCAUCUUUUUUCUUCCAAUUUUCCAGAGCUUAUACUUAAUGUGUGUUAUAUGUAAAUUAUAAUGGAUAACUUAUUCAAUUAUAAAACAUUUUUUCUGCA